UAAGAACACACCUGUGUUGUUGCGGUGGAAAUUUUGGAAGUUCACAGUGGGUGAUCCAAGAGGGAAAUCAAAUGCAGAUCAAGCUGGUGACAUGAAACAUGACAGCAUUUCCUCCCCUGGGGUCUCGGAUCAGGCGAAGGAGACGGCAUCCAAUGCUUUUGAGGCUUUCAAGGCUGGAAGCUAUGACGAGUCCCUGAAACACCUUGGCAGCCUUCAGGAGCUUAACAAAGAGGACUACAAGAUUACACUGAAUAAAGCGAUCACUGAGUUUUAUAAAAGUGGGCAGACAACAACCAGCACCCUGAAGCAGACGUUAAUGACCUUGAAGAAUCAGAUGCACACAGCUGUGGAUGAUAUUGACGGUUUGGAUGAUGUUGAGAACAGUAUCCUCUAUUACAAUCAAGCGGUGAUUCAUUACCACAUGCGACAGUAUUCAGAAGCUAUAUCCAUCGGGGAGAAGCUCUACCAGUUUCUUGAACCUUUUGAAGAAAAGUUUGCUCAGGCCAUUUGUUUCUUGUUGGUGGAUCUAUACCUGCUCACCUUCCAGCCAGAGAAGGCACUGCACCUGUUGGCUGUGCUGGAGAAGCUCACUGUGAAGGAUGGGAACAGCAAAAAUGGCAAAGGAGAG